CGCAGACUGUGUGUGCUGUAUUGAGUGAGGAGCCACCUAAAAUUUUGACUUGACCAGUCUUCCGUAGCAAAUACGACACUACCGGAACCAGUUUGCCGAUCAACAAAAAAUCCAUUAAAUUAAUAUUCAAUUCGAAUUCUCGGCCCUGUCAAUUAUAUCCGGGCAUUCAGGCUUAGGAUACGACACCACCACGUUGAGCUGCGUGAAGGCUAGUUGAUGCCGUCUGAGCCGACAUAGCUGUCCAUUAUUCUUCACAAACGGACGUCAAUUUUAGUUCAACUUCGUUUGAAGGGGCUCAAUUUCAUAUUGUUUACUCUGUUCGGCCGCGAUAAGCAGUCAUGCCUGACUCUACUGCUGGUCUGCCUGAGCCCUCCGCCUCAUUCCAAGACCGCAAAGCAAAGAUCUUGAGCCAGCUUGCCGUUCCAGAUGCCGACUAUACAGAUGCCUCACCAAAGGGCUCUGUUGAUGAAGGGAUUCGCCCGCUCAUGCAUGACAUUAAUGUCGCCGCGGGCUUUGUCACCACAAGCAGCUGUGCUGGAAGAGUAAGCGUCUUUCUCGAAGGCCGCAAGGCAUCGUCAGCCGCUGCAGCAACCUCCAAUGUAACCACAGAGCCUCAAGACGUUGUGCCAGAAUCUGCCCCGGCGGCCGAUGGACCGAAUGAACGGUUAGCCGGUGUUGGCGGCAAGGGUGGAGGUGGCACAUGGCUCUACGUGUCUCAUGAUCCUCACUAUAAACCCUCUGAAGCGGCCGACAGCCCGCCUGGGACAUACUGGAUUGACCUCUUUGAUCUUCGCCAAUCGGAAGACCAGUCUACCUUGGCAGCUGACAAGAGUCUUGCGUCGGACGGAAAUCAAGCUCGCCUUAUCCAUUUCAAGUUUGAACCGAUGAUUCUCCAUGUCCUGACGGCAUCCCAUACUCAUGCACAGCUGCUUUUGCGAUGUGCUCUUCAUGCCGGGUUCCGUGAAUCCGGAGCCGUCAGUCUCCUGUCGUCUAACAGCGAUGACCCGACGGCAUCUGCCAUGCCUAUGGUCGCCGUACGAACCAUGGGACUGAGCUUCGAGUCACUCAUCGGCCAAGAAACGGCAGAUGGUCAACGGCAAAUGCUGGUGGCUCCGGCAUAUCUGGAUGUCCUAAUGAAGAUUGCCAAUGAGCGAUUCGAAGAAAACACAAAGCGCAUUGCUCGCUUUGCUGCAGCGUUUGCUGACGAGAUGACGCCCAAGAUAAAGAAGGCUCCAGAUGGCGGUGACUGGGAAGACGCUGCUGCAAGACGAGAGCGCAUGAAGACAGAAGGCUUGAGACGAAAAGCCGAAAUGGCCAAGUUGAAAGAAGCCCAGUCACCUACUCUAGCGGAUAAUGACCAAGACGAUAUAUAUGUACAAGACAUGGACGCAUAAUGAUACCCAAUUCUAUAGAGCAAGAGUUUUCCUAAUUCACAUUUCAUGCAUCACGUCAAUAACAAUCACUCAGUCUUGAAUGUUUGUAACUUUGUUUUUUAUCCACAGCUCAUGCCGUGCUAUAAUGUACACAAAUGCUAUCCUCGUCCUGCUGUCGUUCGUCCUGCUCCAAGACUUGACGCCAAUGCUAUAACAUCCAUCGUAUGCUUUCUUUCUUUCUUUCUUUUUUAAAAAUCCAGUUCCGUCUAUAAUUUUACGCCGUAACCUUGUCGACCCAAGUCUUCUCCAGCUUCUUGACUUCCGCCUUGAACGUCUCAACCUCCUGCCAGCAGUCCAACGGUCUACGGUCAUUCUCGCGCAAGCAGCGGACAACCUCGCUGCGAGCCUUCUCAACGCUCUCGGGGAGCUCGCGGACCUGCUUGCGCGACUCGAGCUGCUUGCGCAGAGCAUCGACCUCCUUGCCGAGGGCAGCGCUGUCCUUCUCCUUCUUCUCGCCGUCCUUGGGCUUGAACUGGUCGGCGGCGGCGGCAAUCUUCUCGUGGGCGGCGGUGAGGGCCUCGGCCUGGCGCUUCUGAGCCUUCUUGAGCUCGUCAGAGACGCGGUUCUGGAUUUGCUUCUCGAUCAACUUUGCACGUGAGGCGUCAGUCUGCGAAGGGGUAGUUAGCUUCGUGUCCGGAUGCUGGUGAUGCGGGCGGCCAUUUCGAGGCCUUAAUCGCAUGGUAUGGAGUGUCUGCUAUUGCGUACCUCGGGGGAAGUCUGUAUGGAGUCGAGAACGGGCGACGAGACGCUGGGAGGGCCUGAGCUGUUUAAUCCCAUUCAUGUUAGCAUCGGCGAGUGCUGAGGCCGGUCCAGCGGAUCGGAAGCACUGGUUUUCAAUUUGUACGUACGCCUUCCAUUGGUAGCUGCCCUGGGCAUCGGAUUUUGACGCGCUGGCACCCAUUGUGAUGAUUCAAUUGCGG